AUGGCACAAAGUGACUCCGGCACCAUCGGAAUAAACUACGGCCGUGUGGCUAACAACCUCCCAUCGCCACCGCAGGUGGUGCAACUCCUUAAAGCGCAAGGUCUAACCAAAGUGAAGCUCUAUGACACAGACUCCACUGUUUUGACCGCCUUUUCAGGCUCUGGCAUCUCCGUCACGGUGGCGCUCCCUAAUGAACAACUUGCCUCCGCCGCCGCUAGCCAGUCCUACACUGACAACUGGGUCCAGACCAACAUCAUCCCUUACUACCCUAAAACCCUCAUCGACGUCAUUGCCGUUGGUAAUGAAGUCUUUGUAGACCCCAAAAACACCACAGUAUACCUCGUACCAGCCAUGAAAAAUGUUUACGCAUCACUUUCAAAGUACAACGUCGCUUCGAAUAUCAAAGUCUGCUCCCCUUUAGCAUUAAGUGCACUCCAAUCUUCAUACCCUUCUUCGUCCGGAUCAUUCAAAUCGGACCUUAUUGAACCCGUGAUCAAACCCAUGUUGAGUUUUCUAAAACAAACGGAUUCUUAUCUCAUGGUCAAUGCUUAUCCGUUUUUCGCCUACAUAGCAAAUACAGACACCAUUUCUUUAGACUACGCCAUGUUCAGGGAUAACAAAGGCGUAACUGACCCGAACAACGGGCUCGUGUAUAAAAGCCUGCUCGAGGCCCAAAUUGACGCCGUUUUUGCAGCCAUGAACGCUUUGGGAUUCAAUGAUCUGAAAAUGGUGGUUUCUGAAACUGGAUGGCCUUCAAAUGGAGAUGAAAAUGAAGUUGGCGCAACUCCGGUCAAUGCCGCGGCGUAUAACGGUAACCUAGUGCGCAGAGUACUCACUGGUAGUGGGACCCCAUUGAGGCCCGAUCAGCCUCUUAACGUCUAUUUAUUUGCCCUCUUCAAUGAAAACCAGAAGACCGGGCCCACUUCUGAACGUAACUACGGGCUUUUCUACCCGAAUGAAAAGAAAGUCUAUGAUAUACCACUCACACAAGAAGGUUUAAAGAAUCAGCCCACGAUGAACAAUGGGAGCAAGAAUCAAGUUCCGGCAGCGGCAGCGCCACCACCAAGUGGGGAUGGUUCAGUCGGUAAUGCCGCGGAGACAUGGUGUGUGGCCAACGGUGAGGCCGGGGAGAAAAAGUUGCAGGAUGCACUAGAUUAUGCUUGUGGUCAAGGAGGGGCUGAUUGCCAUCCGAUUCAAGAGGGUGCUACAUGUUACGAUCCUAACACUCUCGAGGCUCAUGCAUCUUAUGCAUUCAACAGUUACUAUCAAAAGAACGCUAGAAAAAGUGGUACUUGUGAUUUCGGUGGCGCGGCUUACCUAGUCACUCAAUCUCCUAAAUUUGGCAAUUGCGAGUUCCCCUCGAGAUACUAA